CCUGCAAGUGUUUACCUUAAGUUGCAGGUUAUUAAGAAGGGUCACUUUGGUAGGUAGUGUGUGUACAAGGUAUUAUAUGUGUUUCGCUUUAUUACCUUAACUAAUUACACAUACGGUAUAUAUUGUCGAUUUACUAUUACCUUCAUUGACUUCGGCUAGUCAGUUUAUCGGAUGUGAGGAGUGGACUACGACCUGGCACCUGUCAUCAAAACAAGGAAGUAGGGCCUAUUGAAUCCUCCGUUGAUAUUUGUCAGGGAGCCAUUUCUCAUGACAACUUCGCUGUUAUUUGAUAACAUCAGAAAAAGUAUUUCGAUUAAUUUAUUAUAUCCAAAUGUAGUUUUGACAAGGGGCACGCUCGAUUUUCAAUAUCCGUUUAAUUGCAAGUCUAUUUCGGUAAACGCGCAAAUAGCGGUAGUUCAAGGACAGCGGGUCUACUACAGAAAAGCAAGAUGAACAGCACUCCAGAGAAAAUGGCGAUGGAAUUAGGAGUCCCCCAAAAUCAGUCUGUCAUAGAUCUUGCAUCUCCAAUUCUGAACAAGUCAAACUUUUCCAACUUGACUAUAAUUCAAACCGGGAAUGGGAAUAUUCUGGCACACAAUAUCUUCUUGAAUACAACCACUGCUCAAGCCCUGUCAGGGAUCUUUGUCUGGUCAGCAUUGCUACUCACAUGCCAUCAGAUCUACACCCAUCUGAGGUCGUACACGGUCCCCAACGAGCAGCGCUACAUCAUCCGCAUUCUUUUCAUUGUGCCAAUCUAUGCCUUUGAUUCCUGGCUCAGCCUGCUGUUCCUCACCAACGACCAGUACUACGUCUACUUUGACUCAAUCCGAGACUGCUAUGAAGCAUUUGUGAUUUACAACUUCCUAAGCCUUUCCUUUGAGUACCUUGGGGGAGAGAGUGGCAUCAUGUCUGAGAUACGAGGAAAGCCCAUUGAGUCCAGCUGUGUGUAUGGGACCUGCUGUUUAGGAGGAAUAAGCUACUCUAUUGGCUUUUUAAGAUUCUGUAAACAGGCCACUCUCCAAUUCUGUGUCGUCAAACCCAUAAUGGCCGUCAUCACCAUCCUCCUGCAGGCAUUUGGCAAAUAUCAUGAUGGAGACUUUAAUGUGAAUGGAGGAUACCUCUACAUCACCAUCGUCUACAACAUUUCUGUCGGCCUGGCUCUCUACGCUCUCUUCCUCUUCUACUUCGCCACCAGUGAACUGCUCAGGCCUUAUGAACCGGUGCUCAAGUUCCUCACUAUCAAAUCUGUCAUCUUCCUGUCCUUCUGGCAAGGUAUGGUGCUGGCCAUCCUGGAGCGCUGUGGGGUCAUCCCUAAAGCUCUGUUCAUCGACGGCCAUGAGGUGGGCGCUGGCACCGUGGCAGCAGGCUGGCAGAACUUCAUAAUCUGUAUCGAGAUGUUCUUCGCUGCUAUCGCCUUGCGCUACGCCUUCACGUGUACCGUGUACCAGGAGAAGAAGAACGAACUGCCGGGACCACACGACAACAUCGCCCCCAUGCAGAGCAUCUCCAGUGGACUGAAGGAGACUAUCAACCCUGGGGACAUGGUCCAGGAUGCCAUCCACAACUUCUCCCCAGCCUACCAGCAGUAUACCCAGCAGUCUACCCAGGAGGUGGUGCCGGCCGGCCAGGGCAACGGCAGGCCAAGCACAGGCAGCGCCAGCAAGGGCUCCAAGAAGUCAGACAAAGUCCUGCUGAUCACAUCUGACGACGAAUUCUAAGGAGUUUCCCACCACCAACACAAGUAUCUGAGUGUAAGUGGACUUGCCCCCCCCCCAGCCC